GACCGGCAUGCAACAACAAACCGUGCCAGAACGGUGGAGCAUGUUAUAACAUUCAGCACGAGUUCUUAUGCGACUGCGAAGGCACGGGACACGAAGGCAAAUUCUGCCACAAAAGGAUCGUCGACCCGUGUGAAGGCCAUCCGUGUGAGAACGGUGGUGAAUGUGCUGCCGGCACCAGCGGAUACGCGUGCAAGUGUGCUGAAGGUUUCACUGGCAACAACUGCGAAAUCAGAAUCGAGGACACGUGUCUGGGAGAACCCUGCCUCAAUGGCGCCACCUGUCUGUCAGGAACGGCAACAUUCGUCUGUCAGUGUGACGACGCGUUCACAGGCACACUCUGCGAAUCACUGAUCGCCGACCCGUGUCAGAACCACCAGUGUGUGAAUGGAGCCACCUGCUUCCGUGGAACCAUCGACUACACGUGUGAAUGCGCGCCAGGAUUCACGGGCAUUUUCUGCGAAAUAUCUAUACCCGGCUCCUGCAUCAACAAUCAGUGUCAGAACGGCGCCACGUGUAUAGAGGGCACCACCAACUACGCCUGCCGCUGUCCGCCCGGAUGGAAGGGAUUUUUCUGUAACGAUGAUAUUGAUGAAUGCGAGGGAGAGCCGUGCUUCAACAACGCAGAAUGCCUCAACCAGUUCGACAGCUUCCAUUGCCGCUGCAUAACUGGCUUCACUGGAAGACGCUGCGAGACAGAGAUCAUCACGCCCUGCAGCCACGCGCCGUGUCAGAACGGAGCCACGUGCGAGGUGCCCAACCGCAGCACUAACUACAUCUGCCACUGUGCGCCUGGCUACACGGGAACAGACUGCGAUAUCGACAUCGACGACUGCGCCACCGCUCCGUGCCUGAACGACGGCGUUUGCAUCGACCACGUCGCCGGAUAUGAAUGCGACUGCGUUCCCGGCUUCACGGGCCCUGACUGCGAAAUCAACAUCAAUGAGUGCGAUCCGAACCCAUGCGACAACGACGCCCUCUGUGAUGACGGCAUUGCAAGCUUCUCCUGCAACUGUCUGCCAGGAUUCACUGGUGCUCGCUGUGCAGAUAGAUAUCGACGAGUGUGAACCGAGGCAUGUUGCAACACGUGCGCGGACGCUGCGUUGGACCUUGAUCAAUGACUUCGCGUGCGAAUGUCGCGAAGGCUUCGCAGGAAGAUACUGC